CCGUGGAUUGGAUAGCGAUCGAUGCUAGUGGAGUAUUUCAGUUGGUCAAUAAUUUAUCUCUGUGCUGUGUUUUGCCUCGCCGUACACUAUUUGCGUGCUCCUGGCUCCCUCCCUCGGUGCAUAAAUAGGGAGCCAUGCAUGGUUACUUGGUGGCAGAGAGUCAGCCAUCGGAGUCCGUAGCGCAGUCUCCCUCACUCAGGUUCUUGCAGGUGGGUGGGGUGGGGACGAUCGGAGCAAGGAGGGAGAAGAAAGAUGGACGCGGAGCAGGAGUCGCGGUGGGCGGCGGCGCAGGGGAUCGGCAUCGGCGAGGACCUCGUCCCGGCCGCGCUGCGGCAGCUGGAGUUCCUCGCCGCGGUCGACCGCCGCCGGUGGCUCUACGACGGCCCGCUGCUCCACAGGGCCAUACGCAGGUACAAAGCUUGCUGGCUUCCCCUUCUUGCCAAGCACACCAAGGCCGCUAUUCUUGCAGAUGAUGAGCCUCUGGUUGUUCCGCUUGACUGCGAAUGGAUAUGGCACUGCCAUCGGCUUAACCCGAAUCGAUACAUAAAGGAUUGCAAGAGAUUAUAUGGCAGGAUAUUGGACUCUAACAAUGUCAAGUCCUCCGUUCAAGCAAAGUCCAAGGAUCCGUCCGAGAAAGUUUGGACCGAGUUAUAUCCUGGGGAGCCCUUUGAGUUGGAGUACACUACAGAAUCUGUUUACGUGGGCGAUGGAACCGCAGGAGGCAUUUCCUACGAUUUGAUCUCAGCUGUUAAGAGACAGUCUUCUUUCGUCUACCAGGUUGGAACACCAACCAUGCAUGAUCGCCGUUUCCUUGAAGACGCUUUGGCUCGGUACAAAGGGUUUUUGUAUCUGAUCAAGAUGAACCAGGAGAAAGGAACGAACCUCUUCCGUGUGCCAACCUACGAUGUGGAUCUGAUGUGGCACACCCACCAACUGAAUCCUCUUGCCUACCGCGAUGACAUGGUGGGUCUCCUUGGGAGAGUUCUGGAGCACGAUGACACGGACGACGAUCGGGCCGAAGGGAAGAAGCUCGACACCGGGUUUUCAGGCACCACCGAGCAGUUCGAGGAUUGCUUUGGUGUGAGGUACUGGAAGGCCGGCGCUAUGUACCGUGGAAGCUUGCCGUCUCCCGUGACAUCCGUUCCUCGGAUAGAAUUUGGUGGUGAGGAAGAUGGUGUUUUUGGUGUCGAUGAAGCGGAGAAGCGUCUUGCUGUUGUUGAAACAGCAGUUGUGGAGUUAUACUUACAGAUUGUGGACAUCAAGAACUUACCAUCUGCAAUUCCAGAGAAAAGUGUGUAUGUAUGGUUCACCAAGACUCAACCAGAUGCACUUAUCGGUGAUGGCGGCAGGUUGGAUAUUUCAUCGAAAAUAGGGAAGAGUAUUGGAGCUGGUUUCCAAUGCGAACCUACCGGCGAACUCAUUCUUACAGUAAUGGUUGAUCUGGCCUAUUCUGGGGCAUCGUCAUCGAAGAAAUCGGAACCGUUGGGGAAGGUUUCGAUCUCUCUUCAAGAGCUUACACAGCAUGAUUCCAAGCUCUCCUUUGAGAGGUGGUUUGAACUGAAAAGUUGCGGCGCUUAUGCUGGUUCCCCUCCUGUCAGUCUUCGUGUCGCCGCAUCUUGUACUGUCCCAAGGCAGGCUUCACAGGUUCUUAGCAUGGUGAAUGUGAAGCCUUGCUCUCUGAAGGCCUGUCUAUUGCCACAUUCCACCAAGGAUCAAGAUAUGAGCUCCUGGACUCGCUUCGUGUAUGAUUGUGGUACUGAACUCAUUCGUCUUCAGAUAAGGGAGCACAAGGCCAAGAGUGGCAUGGCUCUCACUCAAGAAUUGGUUGGAGUAACAAAGUCAUCAAAGCAUCCAUUUCAGCUUGCAGAAUUCACGGAAAACAAAUGGUCUCUCAACAACUCCAACCCAUCCGUCACUCAUGACCUGAAACCAAGCAAGGAUGGCUGCAUACACGAGCUCAAAUACGACAACAAAUUGAUCAAACUAUACAAGGGAAGGAGACUAGCAUAUGAACUCAAAUGCUGCAGUCAGCAUGCUGAAGAUACUGCAGCAGCAGUUACCGCUGUGAAGUUCUCGGCUGAACACCCCUAUGGCAAAGCAGUCGCCCUAGUUGACACUGAAUCAAAAUUUAUCACGGUGGAUGAGGAUUGGUUUCUGCUUCCCUGGAUCGCGAUGUCAUUCUUGUUCCUGAAUUCCAUCGGAAAACAUGGUGCGAAGCUCAUUGAAGGUCAGCCUGAUACUACAGUGGCAUCUGAAAUGGUGAAAGGUGGAGCAGCAGGCGCCACUGCUGGUCCGGCACAAUGUGGCGCUUGUGGCACGGCCGGUGGCGGCGACAUGGUCAUGGCAAGUGACAAGGCUGGUCAUGCUAGCUGUGCCGGCUCGGUCAUUGCAAGCGGCAAGGUGGCUGAUUCUAAGUGCGGUGGUUGUGGAUCAGGCUGUGGUGGUGGAUGUGGUGUCUCUGUGGUCACCAUGAGCUACAAGAAAGGUCAUGCGAGUUGUGGUGUCGUUGCAGGCGGAGAGAAUGGCCAUAUUGAGUCUGCUGGGUGUGGAUCGGGAUGCGGCGGUUCCUGCGGUGGCAGCAUGGUUAUUGAAAGCUCCAAGGAGGGGAACACCAAGUCUGGUGGCUGUGGUUCAGGUUGUGGUGGUGGAGGUUGUGGCGGCAUGGCCAUUGAAGGUUCCAAGGGUGGCAUUGCCAAGCCUAGCGGCUGCGGUUCAGGUUGUGGUGGCAGUUGUGGCGGUAUGGUGGUUGAAGGCUCCAAAACUGGCCAUGCCAAGUCAGGCGGUUGUGGCUUCACCAAGUCUAGUGGUUGUGGCUCAGGCUGCGGCUCUGGCUGCGGCGGUGGUUGCGGCAGCAUGGUCAUGGAAGGCUCCAAGACUGGCUUUGCCAAGUCAGGUGGUUGCGGUUCAGGCUGUGGCGGUGGCUGCGGCAGCAUGGUCAUUGAAGGCUCCAAGACUGGCUUCACCAAGUCAGGCGGUUGCGGUUCAGGCUGUGGCGGCGGUUGUGGCAGCAUGGUCAUGGAAGGUUCCAAGAUGAGCCAUGCCAAGUCUGGAGGCUGUGGUUCAGGCUGUGGCGCCGGCUGCGGUGGCGGCGGUUGUGACGGCAUGGUCAAGGAAGGUUCCAGGAUGAGCCAUGCCAAGUCUGGGGGCUGCGGUUCAGGCUGUGGCGCCGGCUGCGGUGGCGGCGGAUGUGGCGGCAUGGUCAUGGAAGGCUCCAAGAUGAGCCACGCCAAGUCUGGGGGCUGUGGUUCAGGCUGUGGUGCCGGCUGCGGUGGCGGCGGAUGUGGCCGCAUGAUCAUGGAAGGCUCCAAGAUGAGCCAUGCCAAGUCUGGGGGCUGCGGUUCAGGCUGUGGCGCCGGGUGCGGUGGCGGUGGAUGUGGUGGCAUGAUCAUGGGAGACUAACCAUGCCAACUCUGGUGGCCAUGGUUCAGGUUGUGGCUCUGGCUGUGGCAGCAUGCUCAACACAGCCUCAUAAGCAUAACUAUGCCUGAGGUGGCCGGUGUCCGCGUGGUGACCGUCGGCGAUGGCAUGCCACACGCUCUAGUCGGAGAUGAAGUCGAAUAAAAAGCACACUCUGUCCUGUGCAGUUCGCCAUGCCUCUACUCACAGCGCACAAUGUGUUGUGGUGAAUAUAUGCUGUUUUACUUGUGGUAAGCGUGAUAUGAAAUCAUAUAAUUUUUGAUUAUUGGGUA